AUGGAGAAUUUUCUUUCGGGACGAUGUUAAAGCAGCCAGCCCACCAAUAUCAGUGCUCGCUGUCCAUUCAUCCGUUUGUUAAUUUAGCCUAUGCUGUCUAUUUAUUUAUCAAACUAGAUUAUCUAUUUCAUUACUAUCACGCGCUCUGUCGUUGUCUAGAGAGAUUACGUUAUUUCAUUGCCUAUACAUUACGUAAUGCAACGGUGGCUGGGGAAUCCCAUACUGAUUGAAAUUAAAUAGGCUACAGAAUGUUCAUACAUUCAAGCAUAGAGUUUUUAACUUCUUCUGUUAAUAGCCUAAUCUGUUCAUAAUAUAGUUUACGUCUGUCAUAUUAUGUGGCUUUUUAAAUACAGUUUGUGGUGUUACGUUAAAUGAAGAAACGAUAGAGUGAGAGACAUUCAGAGAAAGAACAGGACACGACAGACCGACAGCCGUUUGGUCUCGCUCUGGGGGUCGACCGCUACACGUGCACGAGAAACGGCAGAGCAGCAGCAGAGAAAGAGUGACCGGAGAACGGAUUACUCUUUGUGUACUCCAUAAUUAUUAUUAGUAGGCUAGUAAUCCUACAAUUGUCGUUUGGUGGGUUCGUCAUUAAUAACAGUUUAAACUAUAGGGAGAGUAGAGGAGAACUGUGACACUGUAGUCGCUAUGGCCGCUCUAUCAGGAGGAGAAAUGUGCGUCAAAUACCUGAUGUUCGCUUUCAACCUCAUCUUCUGGCUUGCAGGUACAGGAGUGCUGGCUAUAGGGUUGUGGUUGAGGUUCGACCCAAAGACCAGAGGACUGUUUGAAGGAACAGAAUCUCCCUAUGUCUUCUUCACAGGUGUGUAUAUCCUGAUAAUAGCAGGGUUAUUGAUGAUGGUGGUGGGGUUCCUGGGAUGCUGUGGUGCGAUUCAGGAGUCUCCCUGUAUGCUGGGGCUGUUCUUCUUCUUCCUCCUUAUCAUAUUUGCCAUUGAGGUCGCCGCUGGAAUCUGGUGUUUUUCCAACCAAAGCAAGGUGGUUGAUGACAUCACUCAAUUCUACAUGGAGACAUAUCAGAACUACCAGAACACUCGACAGGACACACUGAGAGAGACACUCCGUCUCAUACAGACUGGGUUGGACUGCUGUGGUACAGGUUCCGUUGUGGACUCUGCCAAAGACACCUGUCCCCCAAGAGACGGGCUGGAUAGCCUCAUCACCAAGAGCUGUCCUGAUGCUAUAGAUGAAUUGUUUGACUCCAAGCUGCACAUCAUAGGAGGAGUGGGCAUCGCUACUGGAGUUAUCAUGAUGUUUGGGAUGAUCUUCAGCAUGCUGCUCUGCUGUGCCAUCAGGAAGUCACGGGAGAUUGUCUGAGGAUGUCAUCGUUACCAUGAUGGCGGCCGUUAAUGUUGCAUGAUGUCAUUCCUAGUCACAUGAAUUUUGUCAACCAAUAGAGAGGCUGUGUGUUGAGAACGGUCGGCCUGAGUGCUAGCAGCUGUUCAGGUCCACUGGACAACCAACUGCCAUUUAGUUAGAUCCGCCAACCUCUGUAACAAGGAUCUGCUACAACUGGUUCACCUGGCAUUAAGUGCGCAAGCAUUCCAAAAUAAAUAUAAACAUGCAUGUUAUUCAGUAAUUUCAUCCAAACUGCUUGCACGUAUCAACUGGCGUCUGUGUAGCCAGGCACUAAAAUAGAACUUGGUUCUAUUUUAGAUGCUUGARGUACUGCAAGAUCCGCCUCUCCCAUCUAUUCAUUAGUUUUUACGAGCAUACUAACCCACGUGGGGAUUGAAAGAUGAGGUCCACACUCCAGUCCAGUUGGUGGCAGUAAUGCACAUUGAAGUUAGUUGCCAACCGCCAUAUAAAAUCCACAGAAGAAGGACUAUGAAUGAGGAGAGAUUAAUCAAAGAAAACGAACUAAAAACAAACUAGGUUUUCCUUUAUAUGAGUGGAUUAAUUGUGGAAGUAGAGAACACACGACUUUGUAUGAUUCAAAAUGGGUAAAAAUUCUACAAAGAUCCAGCUAAUAAAAAUAACAUAUGCAUUUCAGGUAAAAUAACAACCUAGUGUUUAUCUCCCAGGACAAAUUAGCUAGAAACAGCAAUCUAGCUAAAUGUCUAUGAAUGUUUCAUGUGUGUUUCGACAUGUCCCAUAAUUACUAUAGUUGGUCGACAGUUGGUUUUGGUAUUUUAACGCGUCUGGUAGGGAUAGACAAAAUCAAUGUUGAGCCGGUUUGGUCAGCAUGUAAUCACAGCGCUGCACAAAUCACCUUGGCUGCUUUUGCACAAUUCUGAUCAUUUUAUCACUCAUUUGUUUUUUGACCAAUCAGAUCAGCUCUGAAAAAGAUCUAAUGUUAUGAAGUGAUCUAGAUUAGAUAAUCUGCGCAGUGCUUUUCUCAGGCUGAUCCUCUCGAACACAGUGCAUCUGCCCAGUACACAGGUUGACCCUCCUAAACCAUCAUGAUGAUAACAUCAACAACAUGCAUGCCAGUCUUUCCUGGUUGACUACAACUCAUCCUCUCCGUCUCUCUCUACCCAAUGUGAAAAUGCCUUGAAGUCUGACUGUUUUUGUAAAGCAGUUUUCUAUUUGUGACUGAAUAUCUAGGUGAGUUGUAGUCAGUUUUACAGCAUAUCUAGGUCUCUUCUAGAUAAGAAACUUUUAUAACACCCUUGCCAUCUUACACUGGACAGGUUGGUUGUUGCACAAAACAAAUUAGCCAAAUAAACUGUAACAUCUGAUCUUCA